GGGCCGAGACGCGGGCCGCCGGCAAGAAGAUUCCGACGGCCGGCGAGUGGGAGCGCGAGCGUGUGCGCCGCUACGGCCAGGGCGGCGCGAAGAAGGGCGACGACGGGCACGAGCACGAGGAGAUGUUCGGCGCCAAGGUCACGCACUACAAUGGCGAGCGCGCCGGCCAGCGUGCCGCCAUCACGGCAUAGAUCGACAAGGCAGGCGUCUCGUUGCCGCCGGUCCGUUCCUGGGCGCUCUCGCCCUGCCGCCUCAACCGCGGCCACCCAUCACUUGACCCCGCAUCCCCCGCAUUACCCCAGAUCUAGCCUCUUGCCUCAGCACACGACCCUUCACGAGCUCCGAUGCGUGACGCCCAUGUAGCCCUUAGCAAUCAACUCUGCUCCUGUCUAUGCACAGUGCGAAGCGUUCCUGGCAGCGCUGUGCAUGCGCAGCCGCGGCGCGACGAAGGACCGCACGCCGUCGAGCGUGCCUGGCGCAAGCCACCCCCGCAUUGCUGCUGCGCGCGCCUGCAACUCCGCCCCUCCCGCGUGCUCACGGCGAGCUCGCCGGAGCCGGCGGCUGCGACACGGACAGUCCGGUAAGGCGGACCGCGAAGGCUAUAUGCGCCGGUGCAUUGCUCGCAACAUCGGCGGCGGCGGACUGCCCAUUGCGUUACUCGCGAACCCUGCAGAUGAGGCUCGCUCCGAGGUCGAGCGUUCGCUUGGGCGCUUCGAAGGAUGGGACCCUUGUGCGUCGCGCACGCAGCACCCAGACAACGCAUCUGGGGCUCAGACGCGGCCCGCGUCGCCUCGGCUGGCCGCAUCUCCACAGUCCUGCGUGCGUUCUCGAUCGAUUGCGGAAGGCGACCUCCUCGGAGGGCGGCGAAGCGGGAUCCGCCUCAGCGCCACACGGCGACGGCGCCUCGCUCUGUGGCUGUCCGCGGGGGAAGAGGCGGCGCGGGCUUACGUGGACGUUGGCAAACGUGCUGCUGCGCCGUGUGCGACGACUGCAGGCGCUGCUGCGCGUGCGAUGGCCGAUGUCUGUCUCGCGCGCGAUGGCGGCGCGGCGCUUCCGUAAAGCCGCGUCGCCCAUGUUGGGGGCGGUCCGGCGAAGCCGCCGCUCGUUUGCCGCUGCAGGAGAGCAGGAGCAAGCGCGGAAAGGCCGGCUGGACGAGGGCACGAGGACCUCCCCCGCACUGCGGGGAAGCCAGACGCGGCGGAGUGCGCAGCGGAGAGCGACAGCGCCAAGCCUCCCGGUUCGGGCCAAUCACUGGCAUUCGGUUGCGCGCGCAACACGGCGCAAGUGCCGGAGCAGAGCCAAGCCAGCGGCCCGCGGGCGGCUGCGCCCGUGCAGCGGCCGCCUUGCCUGACGCCGUCGUGCGGCACUGCACUGCUCAGGUGCGGAUGUGCAGCACGCGCGGCCCGCAUCAGAUGCAGAACUGCUGACUCCGCCCGGACGAAUG